CCACGGCGCGGCCCGGGCCAGGGCUCGGCGGCCCUGCAGGGAGGGCCCAGGUGCCGGCGCCUGGUCCCCUCCAGCCCUCGUGGCGGUCGGGGCGCUGUGCGGGGCGGAGAGGGGUCCGCGGUGGGCUGCGGGGCGCGGGCUGGAGGGAGCGAGCCCGGCCCGCGGCUUCAGCGCUCCGGGCCGGCGCGGAAGGGGUGAGGCGGGGCGUCCGCGCGCGUUUCGAGAAAAGGAAAGACAAAAAGUUCUGGCGGCCAGGGGCUUCCCGGGCGUUUAUCUCGAAACUCUCUUCGCCGUCUCUUGCCUGAAAUGUGCCGAGCCCGGCACGGCGCUGUCGUCCCACUUCCUGCUGCGGUUUCCCCCGCGAGCCGGGCUCAGCCCCUGUGUUGUGACAGCUGCCUGCGGCCGCCCUCCGCCCCUGAUACCCCGCGGGUUUCCGAACCGCGGCGCCGCCGGGCGGGCGCAGACUCCGGGUCCGGGGCGCGCGGCCCUUCCCUCUGCGGCGCCGUUUCCUGCAGGGGCCGCGCGGGUGCGAAGAACUUGCUCAAUGCGCUGUGAAGGCUCCACGGUUCCUCUUUCGGCCGCGGGCUGCGCCGAUGGUCCGGGGCGCCCGGCUUCGCGCCUGCCCCUUCCUUCUCUUCCCUUCUCUCUUUCCCUCUCCCGUCUCUCCGCCCACCCGCCGCCGCCCCGCAGGAGAGGGGUCGCUUCCCUGGUCCUCUCCUGUCCCUUGUGUGUCCCCUUUUCCUUCGGUCUGCAGAAGGGACGGGGCGGCGGGUGGGGAGCGCCGGGGGAAGAGGACAAGAGCGCGGGCAGCGAUGCCUGCCUUCGUGCCCAGCCGGAGCUGCGGGGCAACCCGGGCCCGCGCUCAGUUCCUCCGCGGUGUGUCGGGGUCGCCCGGGCUGGGGUCGCGUCAUCCUCCGCCCAGCGCCAGCGUGGUGGGGCUUGCGCGAUGCAGGACCCCCGAGCACGGGGGUCCCGAGGCGCUGCGGGUCCAGUGUCCCUUUGUUUGCGGAGUCUUGGGUCAGUAAAGAGGGCUCCACGGGCCCCAGGGGAGGACAACAGGUGCCUCUUGCGCCACCCGGGCCCCACUGGUGGGAACCCACACGCACGGUGGCGUUUCUGCCUACAGGCAACGCUAGGGCACAGGAGGGGUGGGAGAUGGGGCUCGAGGACUUCACCCCACGGCAGAGCUCAGAGCCCAAUCCAGGCCGUAGGGACCCGCCUGGGGCCUAGAACUUGGUGUGGCAGAGGUAGAAAAGGCCUCCGACAAUCUGCCUCUACAGUUAGUGGACGUCACCUGGCACCUCUGAGCCUCUGUCCCGUAGGUGGAAUGGGGACACACGAAGCCAUCUGAGGAGCUCUCACUGUCACCACCAAAUGUGGUCCAGACUCAGUGGGGAGGGACAGCCCCAUCCUGGAAUUGGGGCUUUUAGGACAUCCCAGAGCCUGGUAAGAGGGACAGGGAGAGUGGGGCUUGGAAGUUGAUAGCCUGACAUUCAGUGUCCCCCGCACCUCCUUCCCCUUCUGUACCCUCUGGUGGCUCCUGUGGCCUCAGCUGCUCCCAGACCCUGUCUCUCUCGCCCUCCCCCAAGCUGAGGUACUGAGGCCGGGUUGUGGCUUGAGCUGCACCUGUGUCCCGGUAGGGAGUGGGGGUCCCAGGCCCAUCGCGUUGCUCCUCAUUGCUGGCUCCAGCUCAGCCCCUGGCAGGCGCCCCGUCCCCAGACUCCUGGACCAAGCUCCGCGGAGACUCGGCCUGGCCGCCGCUCUCGGGCUGCCAAGUGGACCGGCCGUUUCGCCGCUUCAAAGGCUGUCUUUGUUUCGCUCCAGCUCAAGCUCAGAGAAACUUAAGCCAACAACCCCAGCCGAGGGGGCGGGGCGGCGUCUGCUGGUUGUUAUUGAGGCUGCUGUUGCCAUUAUUGUGGUAAUUGACGCACUGUUCCCAGUCGGUGACUUUUCAUGAAAGGAAGUGUCACUUCCUUCCCAUCACACCCGGGGUGAAUGGGGCGGGCAGCAGAAAGAUGGGGAGGGAGGGAGAGAAGGAAAGGGGUGUGCGCCUCCAGCAGACCCUAGGCUUGAGAGCUGUGUGACCGUGUACUAGUCACUGCCCCUCUCUGGGCAACAGGGGUGUGUAAGUCCUGCACCCGGGAGGCUGAUGUUUCCGGAGCAGCUGCUGGGCAGCGAGGUGCCUUGGGGAGGGAGCAGGACAAGCAGACCUCCGGUCUUCUCACUGAGCCUGGCUGUGGUUUGUGGGGGAAGCCUCCUUUCUCUUCUCGCUGUGUUCCUUCCGCUGAGAACAUUGGGCACACGGAGUCUAGCACGCCCAUCUUGUGGAUGGGAAAGGGAGAUACAGAAGCAGUGACCAACCUGGUAAGAGGUGCAGCCAUGCGGUGCUAGAGCCCCCUGCCCCAUCUGUCCUCUUGGCCCACUCUCAUCUCCUUCCCGCUUGACGUCUGCCAGGGCAGGGGGCCCGCUGACUUCCCCACAUCCACCCACUGCCCCGCCCCAUAGCUACCUUCUAGUCCUAGCUCAGCCCCAUGAGACAUCUUAAGUUUGUCCUCAGUGACUCUCGACCACCGCCCCACUGCCUUCACCUUCCUGCCUUUGCGUACCCCAACUUCAGCAGGUUGGCUGGGCCCUGGCCAGAGCUGGCCCCCUACUCCCUCAGGUAAUGGAGCAGUUUUUUUAAAAGGAAUCUCAGUAGGUAUCAACAGGUCUUUCCUCCUUCCUCACGAUUAUGGAGAUAACACCCCUUAUUCAAAGAUGGUGGGUCCUCUGGGCCCUCCCCCACCCAGGCCAGGGAAGUUGAUUCACAGGGUGUGCGGGCUGUGCCCCCCCACGCCCCCGCUGCCCAGCGCUCUGACCAGCCCCCUCCCAUCCCUGAGCCUGGAUGCCUUACCAGGCAACACAGACCUGCCCUUGCUAGCAGAGUGACCGCAGCGAUAUGCUGGGAAACUGCACAUCUCCUUGGGGAAAGGGGAUGAGUUUGCACCCUCUGAGCACAGAUAAGGAACUUGAGGUCUCCCUGCUCCCAUUACAAAGAAAAAAAUCUGUAGCUGUCAGGGAUCAGCGUCUCUCAGGAGUCAGACUACCCUGGUUCUGAAUCCCAGCUCUGCCAUGGAUAAGCUGCGUGGCCCCAGGCAAGUCACUGAACCUACGGAAGCAGAUCUACGGAAGUAGAUCUACGGAAGCAUCCUCUACUGGAGGGAGUGACAGAUUAACCUCCUCAGUGCUGGAGUGUUAGGAUCUGGGAGUUGAACUUGACUCAGACAGGCCAUGGAGGUAGAAAGAAGUGAGACUCAUAGCACAGGAAGAGCCUCAGGCAAUCCUCCCGCCCAGCACCCUGCUGCACCCUCUCUCUGCCUAGUGAGGGACAGGGUCACUAGGAGCCCAGGCUCGUCUUCUGGUGCAGCCACCUAGCCUGCCCUGGCCCUCUUCCCAGCAGUGAAAUGGGGAAAUCGCAGGGGCCUUGUGGAGUGAACUGCCGUUGUCAGGGUUUUUCUAACACCAUUUUCUAGCUGCACAAAACCCAACGAACAAACUAGGAACAAACCUCCCCAAGAAAGCACAGGGGCUGUUUAAGAAGGAACUUCUGAGGACUGCAGAGGGAAACCUGAAUUAUGGAGACAUAUGAUCCUGAAAAGAAAGAUGCAGUACUGUAGAGGUAUUAUUUUUCCUCAAAGUAGUUUCUAAACUUAAAUGCAAUCAAAGCCCCAGUAGUGGGAGUUUUUGUUUGUUUGUUUGCUUGUUUUGGAGACAGAGUCUCUGUCACCCAGGCUGGAGUGUAGUGGCCUG